AUGAGGUGGUGCGUAGUGUUCCUUUUGGGAGUUUUCGCGGUGGUGGAUGCGUGCGGGCCCGGCCGCGGAGUGGGACGUCGACGGGGCUCCAGGAAGCUCACCCCUUUGGUCUUCAAACAACACGUUCCGAAUGUGCCGGAAAGUACGCUAACGGCCAGCGGUGUUCCCGAGGGAAGGAUUGACAGAAACGAUACGAGGUUCAAUGAUUUAGUGCCCAACUACAACGACGACAUCAUCUUCAAGGAUGAGGAGGGAACGGGAGCCGAUCGGUUAAUGACCCAGAAUACUUAUUGGUCCCUAAAAUUGACUAACGACAAAUUUGUUUAG